CCCUGAACCUCAGUCCGCUCUAGUAGUCCCAGAAUCUCCCACACACACUGACUUCUUCCGCUGCCUCUGGCAUUCCCAAUCGGCUCAUCGUCGUUCGUUCCCUAGGUUGUGUCGACAUUUAACAGCAUCAGAGUCCGUCUCUACCCACACUCGUUCAACUCCUGCCGCCAUUCCCGCUGGUGCUAUUCCCUUCAGUGGUACGCAUCGACUCAACGACAACAUGAAGGCUCUCAUCCUUGUCGGUGGCUUCGGCACGCGUUUGCGGCCCUUGACCCUUACCAUGCCCAAGCCCCUGGUGGAAUUCGCCAACAAACCCAUGAUUCUUCACCAGAUCGAAGCUCUAGCAGCUGUAGGAGUUACCGAUGUUGUUCUAGCUGUCAACUAUCGUCCCGAGAUUAUGGAAAGAGUCUUGAAAGAGUACGAGUCCUCUCUUGGUGUCAAGAUCCAUUUCUCUCUCGAACACGAGCCCCUCGGCACUGCUGGCCCCCUCAAGCUGGCGGAGCACAUCUUGGCCAAGGAUGACUCGCCAUUCUUUGUCCUCAACUCCGAUGUCACCUGCGAAUUCCCCUUCCAGCAGCUUGUCGAGUUUCACAAGGCCCAUGGCGACGAAGGCACAAUUGUGGUUACCAAGGUGGAAGAGCCCUCCAAGUACGGUGUUAUUGUCCACAAGCCCAACCACCCCUCUCGAAUCGAUCGGUUUGUCGAGAAACCCGUCGAGUUCGUCGGCAACCGGAUCAACGCCGGUCUCUACAUGCUGAACACGUCGGUGCUCCGACGCAUCGAGAAGAACCGCCCUACAUCCAUCGAGCAAGAAACCUUCCCGGCUAUCGUGCGUGACGGUCAGCUCCACUCUUUCGACCUGGAGGGCUUCUGGAUGGAUGUUGGCCAGCCCAAGGACUUCUUGACGGGUACCUGCCUCUACCUCUCGUCGCUGGCUAAGAAGCAGCCUCACCUGCUCGUUUCGCCUACCGAGAGCUUCGUACACGGCGGUAAUGUCAUGAUCGACGAAACCGCCAAGAUCGGCAAGAACUGCCGGAUCGGCCCCAAUGUGGUCAUCGGCCCGAAUGUCGUAAUCGGUGACGGCGUGCGUUUGCAACGCUGCACUUUGCUCCCGGGAUCCAAGGUUAAGGAUCACGCGUGGAUCAAGAGCACCAUUGUCGGUUGGAACAGCACCGUCGGCAAGUGGGCUCGUCUCGAGAAUGUCACGGUCCUCGGCGACGAUGUCACGAUCGGCGAUGAGAUCUACGUCAACGGCGGAAGCGUGCUCCCGCACAAGAGCAUCAAGGCGAACGUCGACGUGCCGGCCAUCAUCAUGUAGCCGGCCAAGGCGCUCGCUCGUGCCCCUUCGGCAGUCUGGUCUUCGGACUCUUCGUGUGUAUAUCUAGUCCCCGUUCACCUUACUCUAUGAUUUCGUAAUACCUUGACGGUUUCGGCCUUGACAUUGCGGACCCUCUCUUCUCAGCAUUUGUUCGAUUUCAUUUCAAGGCAGGGUGGCGUUCUGGUCGGCAUGUCGGGAUAGACGGCCAUCAUUGUUUUCCUAGGACCUCGGCAGGCGCCCUAGGGCCUAGGUGGAAGGGCAGUGAUCACCAGGCCUCGGCCUCAUCGUCCGGACGAUUCCAAACCACCAUCG